CGCCGGAGAAGGAGGCUCGCGGGGCUGCGCGGCCGGGGACAGGCGCUGGGCGGCCGCAGAGCUCGCAGCGCUGCCGCGUCCCCAGCGCCCGGGCCGGCUCCGCUGAGCGGCCUACGGGGGCGGCGCAGUUGCGAAACUGAGUGCCUGUGUAUCUCCUCCUAGAAUACCUGCCUGGUGCUCUACCCUUCCUCAGGACUACCUCACACUCCUCCCGCUUGGGGACUGCAGCACAGCAAGCUGAUUGUACAGACUGCCAUCUCCGUGUUUCCAUAGCCAGAGACAUGACCUGACACCUCUGAUGACCAGUCUCAGGACCCUUGGGUGACUGGCUGGUGCACCAUGGAACUUAAAGUAUGGGUGGAUGGUGUUCAGAGGAUUGUUUGUGGGGUCACCGAAGUCACAACUUGCCAGGAGGUUGUAAUAGCCUUAGCUCAAGCAAUAGGUCGAACUGGACGGUACACUCUAAUAGAAAAAUGGAGAGAUACUGAAAGACACUUGGCACCUCAUGAAAAUCCUAUCAUAUCCUUAAACAAAUGGGGGCAGUAUGCUAGUGAUGUACAACUUAUUUUACGUCGAACGGGGCCAUCUCUCAGUGAGCGACCCACCUCCGAUAGUGUGGCUCGAAUUCCUGAAAGAACUUUAUACAGGCAAAGUUUGCCCCCCUUAGCUAAACUGAGGCCUCAGAUUGACAAGUCAAUCAAAAGGAGAGAACCUAAAAGGAAAUCAUUAACAUUUACAGGAGGUGCCAAAGGAUUAAUGGAAAUUUUUGGAAAAGGUAAAGAAACUGAAUUUAAGCAAAAGGUGCUGAAUAACUGCAAAACAACAGCAGACGAAUUAAAGAAGCUGAUCCGUUUACAGACAGAGAAGCUUCAGUCCAUUGAGAAAGAGCUGGAAUCAAAUGAAAUAGAAAUACGAUUUUGGGAGCAAAAAUACAAUUCUAACCUUGAAGAAGAAAUUGUCCGCCUGGAGCAAAAGAUCAAAAGAAAUGAUGUAGAAAUUGAAGAGGAAGAAUUUUGGGAAAAUGAAUUACAGAUUGAACAGGAAAAUGAAAAACAGCUGAAGGAUCAACUUCAAGAAAUAAGACAGAAAAUAACAGAAUGUGAGAGCAAAUUAAAGGAUUAUUUGGCUCAGAUCCAGACUAUGGAAAGCGGUCUUGAAGCAGAAAAAUUGCAACGGGAAGUCCAGGAGGCACAAGUCAAUGAAGAAGAGGUUAAAGGAAAGAUUGGUAAGGUCAGAGGGGAAAUUGACAUUCAAGGCCAGCAGAGUCUGAGAUUGGAAAAUGGUAUUAAAGCCGUGGAAAGAUCUCUUGGACAAGCCACCAAACGAUUACAGGACAAAGAACAAGAGCUGGAGCAGUUGACUAAAGAGCUGCGGCAAGUCAAUCUCCAGCAGUUUAUCCAGCAGACAGGGACAAAAGUUACCGUUUUGCCAGCAGAGCCCACUGAAGUCGAGGCCUCACAUGCAGACAUAGAAAGGGAGGCACCUUUCCAGUCUGGGUCCCUGAAGCGGCCUGGUUCAUCUCGGCAACUCCCCAGUAAUCUUCGUAUUCUACAGAAUCCUAUCUCAUCUGGUUUUAAUCCUGAAGGCAUAUAUGUAUAACAUUCUCUGUCUUUAGGGGAGAGACCCAAUAAAGGUACCAAGAACGGGAAAAAUUCUUGCUUUGAUUUGUGCCAAUGAUGAACAGAGGAUAUAUUUCACAAGCCACUGUAUCUUUUUUCUGUCCUAAAUUGCAUACCACUUGGAGCCAUACCCUGUGCACUGAUGCUAAAGAACAAAGAAACUGUGUUUUCACACAUCAACAGUGUUGACAUUUUUAUCCAGCAGCUGUAAUGCAAAGCCUUCAUUUUUAUUUGUAGCAUUUUGAGAGCAUUAGGAAAGUAUUAUACUGUGUGUCUGUCUACAUAAAUAAAACCGUGACUUAAGAGUGAAGAGAAAUAUGUGACUGGCUUAGUUUAAUUUAUUCCAUGUAAUCAAUUAAUGUGUGAAUGCUGAUGUUUUACUAUUUUUUAUUACUACUUAUCCUGUGACUGAAUUACAUUGUGUAUUGUGUGAUUAUGACUUUGUGUGCACGUUGCCAGACCACCCAUACAUACCUUGCUGAUUUACAGCUACACACGCAUCAUAGGGUGCUCCACCAUCGAAACUAACUCCACAGAACCCACUUCCAUUUAUUUUGUGACCCUGUCAUAGCCAUUGCUUAAUUAGGUGAAGUAAUUCAGGUUUUCUAAUUAAUCUGGAGUUUAAUCUUUUCUUUACAAUAUUUCCAGUAUAUGAAUGACCACGUAUCAGAACAGAAAUAUUUUCAUGAGGUAAAUUGUAUAUUUAAAAGAUUGGCAGUGCUUCAGACACUGUCGAACAAAGAUGUAAUUGUUGAAUAUCUAUCCAAACAGGCAUGGGGUUUCCUGACACAUUAUGUGUGUUAUUUCUGCCCUGCCUUAUCAUUUUACUCUCAUGGAUCCUCAGAGUGGCCCUAAUACAUGCACAUAAGUUAGAGAUAUCUGAGGAUCAGGUCAGUCUACUUCAGGAAGGUUGCUUUAAGUGAUGUAUUUUUUAAAUAACCCGCUUCGUAUGUAUGGUCUUUAGGUGUAAACCCCCAUGAGUAAGGUAUUGCUUGCACAUAAGUUACUCUGUACAUUAUGGACUAUUACAAUUUCUCCAGUCACUUAGGUAGAGAGACAGUGGAUUGGAAUUAGGUACUUUUUACCAAGGAAGUUAAACUCGGUGUUUGUUUUCAUUUUUAAGCUUGACUUUUACAGGACAUUUAUCUCCAUUUGUACAUAUGUUUUCUUAUUUAUAAAACCAAAAAUGAGUCAGCAACCCUCCCAUGAGUAUUGAUUUAACUAAGAUUCUCAAGUAAUAUCUGGACGGAUGUGAUCAGAUACCUCUUAGCUAUUUUUACAUUCCCUCUGAUCAAAAUUUGGUACAACAUAAUUAAGACCUUAUUCUGAAAUUUGAAGUUUUUAAUUCUGAGGAGAAUACAUUCUCUGUAUUAUUUACAUGCAACAAAGUAACAAUGGAUUAUUAAUGCAAUGGUAACAAUAAAAAGAUGUAAGUUAUAUCUUAUGCAUGAGGGCAACUUUGGAUGUUUUAAAACAUUUGACUUAUUUUUGGUCUAAUGAAUGCUGAGAAUGCUGCUGUAUUUAGGUCUCCAAUGAAAAAUUUUAAGAAUGCCUAUGAAAAUACAUAGAAGCUUCUAGAGGACUGAAAGUAAUAGUGCAGAGUUGCCUUUUCUAAUCCAGCUAAAUGGCAGAUCUCAACUAAAGAUAUUAUUUUCUUUGGGUUCUUGGAGUUAUUGAGUUGACCUUGCCAUUAUACUGUUUUACAAAUAACCUGAGAAAUAAAUGAUAUUUGCCUAAAUAACCACCACCUGUACACAUUUGCUCUCAAUUUAUAAUAGUUAUUUCAUAUCUAAUUAAAAAUUAGAAUUUUAAAAAAUCAAAAUAAUUUGUAGGUUUUGUGACAAUAAUGAUUUAUGUAUGCCU